GAAUGAUAUCAUAUCAUAGUCAUGUUCUAGAAGUGUCAUUGUCAUCACUGAAUUCGGUUAGAAUUCCUGUAGUCAGAGUGUAAUACAGACAACACAUCAGAGUUUACCAAUCUGGAUACAGAAACGAUUUACUCUCGACCUCAUUUUCAAUUCAAUUCAAUUUUCAAUUACCUUUUACGUAAUACAACUACUAACAUUGAAGAUGUUUCGCUUGUGCUGUGGGAAGUACUCAACAGCAGUCGUUGAACUGGUGGCAGAGAAGAUCAGAAAUGUCCCUGCUCCCAGCGCUCCCUUUGCCAUCCAGGACAACGACAAUACAGCCCCGUUGACGUAUCGCCUCUUCGGUCGGCCACUGACAAAAACAAAGAAGGAAGGAAAAGAUCAGGAAGAAGCCAAGGAAAACGUCACCACAAAGAAGAACCAAAAGGCCAAGAAGUCACGGCGGUGGCGUUGUCGCAAGAAUAGAUGUCGCGUGUCCCCAGCCCCCCAAGAAGAAGAGACUCCAGAGAAAGAGAGAGAACCAGUAAAGGACGAGGGGAUUCCUCAGGCCCUGUCUGUUAAAAAGGAGGAAGUUGCUGUGACCACGGAGAAAAAACUCAGGAGUGAGCACAUUAAGUGUCUAGGGUUUCCCAACCCAGCACAGAUAUGUUACAUUAACUCAAGCCUGCAGAGCCUGCUCACACUGGAGGACUUUGUAACAGCCAUCAGUCACCAGGAGCAGGUAUGGAGUCUAAUACCUGAAGCGGCAGUCCUAAGAACAUUCAACAACAUCAGCGAGCAUCACUUCUCCGGUGAUGCUCAGGAGAAACUCCGCCUUCUUGCCGCAUUCAAGAGGGCGGUGGCUCUGUGGGCUCCAGAGUUCGGGGACCAUCAGCAGAAAGUUAGUGAGCAGAUUCAAUGGUGUGUUGUUUCAUCUGAUAGUUUCUCCUUUAAACUCUGUACAACUGUUUUGUGUGUGUGUGUGUAUCUACAGGAUGCCCAUGAGUUCCUGACAGCUGUCCUUGACCAAAUAAGAUAUUGGGGCCCACAGCUGCAAGUACUGACCGCCGGCAUGGGCAGGGCCUACAGCUGCCCAGUAGAGGAUCAUCUGAUGUUUAAAAUGCGAAACACCAGGACAUGCAAGAGUUGCGGAGCAGGUUCCACCAGAGAGGAAGACUUUACAAAUCUGUCUCUGGACCUUCCAGCUGGAGGUGGUACAGUUGAAAAAAUGCUGGAUAAUUACCUGAUGGAGACAGAGUUGGAGUACAGGUGUGAGUGUGGUGCCACCAAGUCAGGCCAGUGCUCAUCAUUUGCCACCCUGCCAAGAGUGCUGGUCCUGCAUUUGAAGCGUUUCCGGUACACUCCAACUUUCCAGCUAGAGAAGAUCCAUGACCCUGUUGAUCUUCAGAGGGAGCUGGUGGUGUCUUCAGGCCAGGAUGGUGCGUGCUACAGUUUAGUCAGCACCAUAAAUCACAUUGGCACCACAGCAAGAAGUGGACACUACAUCUGCGACGGAGUGGACCCCGACGUUGGACCCGUGGACCUGACAGACCGCUGGUUCACAUAUAACGACACAGUGGUCACUCAAACAAGCGGCGUCAAUGUGUGCAACCAGCGGCAAAGAUCAUCUUACAUCCUGUUUUAUCGGAGACACCCAGAGGACUAGACAGCAGGACAACGGAUGAGGACCCAGCGGCAGGGACCAGAGGACAGGACUUGGACAGAUGACCUGGAGGCCCGAUAGACGUGUCAAAUGGAGGGAGCUGAAGGACACAGCCCUCAGGAGGAUGGGCCCCCCCAGAGAGCCAGGUUCCUCCCAAGGUUUCUCCCUCAGAGGGAGUUUUUCCUUGCCACAGUCGCCCAAAAUCACAGCUCGCAGUGAGCAGUGACAGGACUAAAUAUUUUAGCUUCAGGUAAAAUUUUUCCUGUCCUGUCAUCCUGUACAGUUGCUUUAAUCUUUUCUGUACAGCUAUGGCUUGCUCUCUGGGGAGAUGGUAAGGUGAUAAUAAAAGACCUUUGACACAUCUAAACUAGGGAUUGGCGAUAUGGACUUAAAAUUUUAUCACAAUAUUUUCUGUUCUUUAUUGCGAUAACCAUAUAAAUGACCAUUCAACGCCAUCAUCGCGCCCUCCAGAAAAGUUAAAUAAAUUUCAUCUCCUCCUCAAGAUUUUUGUUUUUUGUAUUUUAUUUAGUAUGAGUGUUAUUGUAUAAUACAUGAGUUGUUAUGGUACCUGCAGACACAAGUGUGUAAAAGGUAAGUUUGCUCAGGAUAAAUGGAAAGUCAAUGCAAAUACUUAUAUAAGGUGAAAAAAUGAAGAGAUGUUCAAAGUCUCUGAUCCUAGCUUCUAAAACAUGAAUAUUCCUCAAAGAAAAAUCUCUAGUAUAAAUAAACUAAUGACGGAAACACCCCCACUGAUCAUUCUAGAGCAGAGACAGAGCGAUACUGCAUAUUCUUGUGACUGGUUGCUGCUCAAUG